GUAGUUUAAAAAUAUUUAAAAUGUGUGGACUGAUAAAUACUCCCUCCCUUCUUGGGUCCUGGCUCAGAGUUACGAUGAUCUUGCGACAGUGGUGGUUGAUUUGGGCUCUGGCAUGCAUCUUUAUAUGCGUCUCCGACCAGUCAAAUCCUCACAAGAGACGGUGUGCAUUCCGAGUGACUCCUCGGAACAACCGAUACACAACCGCUGGCAAUGUGAGUGGGUCGGUGCAGCUAUGUGAGAACACCCAAUGCUGCGUGGGCUAUUACCGGAUCAUUGAUGACCGGCCAGAGGUUGACGUUCUCGCUUGUGAUAUUGCUGAAAAAUCUUGCCCAGAUGCAACCUGUAACGCACGAACACGUUUUGACGGUCGCCUCCUUGUGUGUGUGUGCAACACAGACUUUUGCAAUAGCAACAUCACGUGGAACCCAGAGUUCAAAGAGCCUCAACCCACCUACUCUUAUUUUGUAGAUGACAUUAUGAAAGCUGCGGCAAUAACUGUGACAUUGCUCGUCCUGUGCUUCCUGCUGAUCAUUGCAGCCAAAUGGAGAUGCCUAUUUCAAAAGAAAAAGGUUAAUCCACCCUCCCAUGAUGAUUACGGUGUCUCACGACUGUGUUCCUGCCAAACAACUAAAACCUCUGAGAUUGACAUUGCUGACAUUGAACGACAGCAGAUUGUAGGCCAUGGGUAUUUUGCAACUGUUUGGAAGGGGAAAUACAAGGGAUCCAUUGUGGCAGUGAAGGUUUUCAAUGAUGGCUGGAAACACACAUUUACUGCAGAGAAGGAGGUCUAUGAGCUACCACUAAUGAAUCAUGCUGGGAUUGUCCACUUCCUUGGCUCUGGGAGUAAACCAGGUGGAGGCGGAGGGCUCAUUGUCCUGCAAUUUGCUGAAUGUGGUACUCUCCACUCCUAUCUGUGUAAACACACGACCAACUGGAUGUUGACACUGAAGUUGUGCCAGUCUUUAUCGCAGGGACUCUCCUAUCUGCACUCUGACCUUCACGAACAUGAUGUGCAUAAACCUUCCGUGGCCCACGGAGAUUUCAGCAGCUCCAAUGUGCUUGUGAGAGCAGAUGGUACCUGUGUCCUGUGUGAUUUUGGAUGCUCAACCAUCCUGCGUUCUUGUUCUGGACAUCGCAGCUGGAGAAGCCACACAACAAACAUGGAGGGUCAUUCGUGGUUGGGCACACUGCGCUACAUGCCCCCUGAGAUCCUGGAAGGCUCUGUAAACCUAAGCAGCAGCAGGUGUCUCAUGCAGGGGGACAUCUAUGCUCUGGGACUGCUGCUGUGGGAGAUCUUGAUGCGCUGCUCUGAUUUAUUUGAAGGCGGUGUUGCUCCGCAGCAUCUGUUGCCUUAUGAAUCUGAGCUGGGAGCCCAUGCAACGCGAGACAGCCUCAUCCAGUACGUGUGUCACUUGGAAGAGAGACCCUCCAUACCUAAACACUGGGAACUGCUACCACAGGGAUCUGUGCUGCAGGAGCUCCUGACAGAUUGUUGGGACUGUGAUGCCGAUGCUCGACUGACUGCUCAGUGUGUUGUGAACAGAUUAGGCUCUCUUCAGUCUUGUUACUCUUCAUGACUUUUCUUUUUCCUUUUUUUGAAGGUUGACUUGUAAUGUACAUAUCAAGCAUUUGCACUGUUCUCUUUGUGUCAUCACUGUGUAGCUUUUCAGUAUAUUUUCAUCAAUUUUAAUGUAGCCCCUUAUUAAAGAAUGCAUAUUCUUGA